AUGCAUUUUAAGUUACGUUUUGUUACAAUUAUUCAUUCAAUAUUUGGUUCACAUGCUGAUUUACAACUUGCUACCUAUAAUUUGUUAACUGUUCCAAUUAAAGAAACUUUUAAAAUAUCAAUGAAUGAAUAUUCACCUAAUAUAUAUAAUUUAUUAUUUUCAAUCAAUGGAUCUUCAAUUUUUAUAGGAAUGUUUAUUGGAGCAUUAAUUUCUACUUAUAUUGCAAAUAAUUUUGGUAGAAAAAUAUCUGCUAUAUUAAUUCGAAAUGCUUUUACAAUUAUUGGUGGUAUAUGUAUGAUAUUAUCAAAAUUUUAUAUAAUAUUUCCAUUAUUUAUUAUUGGAAAUAUUUUUACUGGAAUGUCUAUGGCAUUAAAAACUAUUGUAUUAAUAUAUUUAUCUGAAAGUUUACCAAAAAAUUAUUCAGGAUUUGCAAUUUUUUGUUAUAGUUCUGGUGGUUAUCUUAUUUCAUUAUUUGGUACAUUAUUAGCAUUACCUAUAUUUAUUGGAAAUGUUAAUUCAUGGCAAUAUUAUCCAUUAAUUUCAGUCAUACUAGCUAUAAUACAUUCAUCUAUAUCUCUAUUUUUUCCAGAAUCUCCAAAACAUCUUUUUAUAACACUUGAUGAUAAAGAAGGAUCUAGAAAUUCAUUAAAAUUUUACCAUGGAAAAAAUGUAAAUUUUUUUGAAAUUGAAAAAAGUUUUUUUGAAGAAAAACAUUUGUGUUCCUCAAAUAAUCCUUCAAUAAUUAAUUGUUUUGACACACUUACAAUUAAAAGAAUAACUUUUUUAUUAUUUGGUGCUUCAAUGGUACCUGUUUUUACAUUUCUUAACAUCAAAACAGUCUAUUUAACAUCAAUCUUAAUUGAACAUAAUUUUAAACCAUCAGAAGCAUCUAAUACAAUUAUAAUUAUAAAUUUUUUUGCUUUACCAUUUUUAUUAGUUUCACCAUUAUUAAUAGAUAAAAUUGGAAGAAAAAAAUUAUUAAAAAUAAUAUCUUUUUUUUCUAUAAUAGAAUGGAUUUUUUUUAUAUUAUCAAGUAUUAUUAAAAUAGAUAGAGUAGAAAAAUUUUUAACAGUAUUAGCAUUUUUUUUUGGAGAGUCAGCAAAAAUGUUUGGAUUAUUAACAUUACAUAGUUUAUUAUUAGCUGAUAUGAGUCCACAAAAUUUGAAAGCUCUUAUCAAUAAAAUAACAUUAUUAAUAUCAAUAUUUAUUGUUAUUUUAAUUAAUUUUAUUUACCCUAUAGCUACAAAAAUGUUUGGUAUAACUUUACCUGUAGUAAUGUUAAUUAUAAGUUGUCUUUUGCUUUAUUUUUUAUUAAAAUAUUUACCAGAAACAAAAGAGACAACACCUAGUCAAGUUUAUGAUAUGAUAAGAAAAAAAAUGAGAAAAGUUCAAUUUAUGCAUGAUAGUUAUGGAUCUACUUCUAGUUCUGAAAGUUAA